GGAAAGUCAAGCUGCUGGCUGGCUGACUGAUCGUCCAACUUCCUGUUUGAUGCCCCGUCGUUUGGCUAAACGGGGAUGAGUUCCUGGAAAGAAAACACAGUAGCCCAUUGAAACUGGAUUCAAAGUUCAACAAAAAUGAGCUGGAUUCCCUUCAAGAUUGGCCAGCCGAAAAAGCAGAUUGUCUCCAAAACUGUCGAAAGAGACUUUGAGAGGGAAUAUGACAAGCUCCAAAAGCUGGAGGAUCAGACAAAAAAGCUUCACAAGGACAUGAAGAAGAGCACGGAGGCUGAUUUAGCCAUGUCGAAAGCGGCAGUGAAGAUCUCGGCUGACCUUCUGAGUAACCCGCUGUGUGAGCAAGACCAGGCCUUUCUCGAGUCCAUGACGGCUUUGGACACCGCCAUGAAGACGAUGGACUCCUUUAACCAAGAGAAGGUCAACCAGAUCCAGAAGACUGUUAUCGACCCUCUCAAAAAGUACGGCGCCGUCUUCCCGAGCCUCAACAUGUCCGUGAAACGUCGCGAGCAGACGCUGCAGGACUACAAGCGCCUGCAGUCCAAAGUGGAGAAGUACGAAGAGAAAGAGAAAACCGGGCCCGUCAUGGUCAAACUGCACCAGGCCAGAGAGGAGCUGCGACCCGUCAAGGAGGACUUUGAGGCCAAGAACAAGCAGCUGCUGGACGAGAUGCCCAAGUUCUACCACAGCCGCAUCGACUACUUCCAGCCCAGCUUCGAGGCUCUCAUCCGGGCGCAGGUGGUGUAUUUCACGGAAAUGUACAAGGUCUUCAGCGAGCUGACGGAUCAGAUCGACCGGGCGGGCCUGACUGACGAGCAGCGGCAGAGGGAGAGCGAGGCCAAGCUCAACGAGCUGCGCGCUCUCUCCAUCGUGGCCGACGACUGAGACGCACGCGGCUGCUGUGGCCUUCACCGGUUAGUGCUUGCUUCCUUCCUUCCUUCCUUCCUUCCUUCCCAUGACUUGUUUUACCAGAUGCCACAUUAAGAAAGCCAUCAGCCAAACACUACUGCCGCUUUCUUCAAACAGCGGCCGACCCGACCCAUUCGUAUAUGCCGUGCCCCGCCGGAUUAGUCGCAUAAUUUGAGGGCGCUGAACUCAUCUGAAGUCUGUCGCCAACUAAAACAGCAGUAACGAACCAAAGUAAAGUUGUUUGAAUAAUUUUUUUUGAAAAGCAAAGGUCAAUUUCAGAUUAAAAUAUCCGAAACAAGUAUUUUAGUUUUGGAUAUUUGAUUAAACAUUCAGUUCUUUCAUGAAAGAACAAAAGCAAAUGUUUUCUUUGAAGCGAAAUCGGCUUGCUUUAAUUUGGAUGAUGGGGAUCAAAUGCAUUUUCCUCAACUCGAUUAAAGUGGCCUUCAAUUUGAGACAUUUUUGCUUCAUCCUUAUAAAUCCCCAUGAAUCAUUUUGAAAAUGUUCUAAAUUUUGCAAUCUGUGGAGUCCAUAAAAUGUAUCAUGAUAUGUGUUGAGAGACAUCGUCUGGCCUUUUGAAUCUGGUUAGGGGCUGCUGUUUUGGUUAGCAACAGGAAACAGUCAUUCAGAUGCAUACGUGUGUAAGUCUGUGUAAUUAUUUUCUAAUUUCUGAUCAUGAAGUCAUAGAUUGUUAUUGUUCUCACAUGGACUGUCGUGUGGUCAUUGCUACCCAAAACAGCAGCACCUCACUCAUCACUUCCUGAUGUUGUAAUGAUGCUUUUAUUUUACACUCCGAAUCACUUGACAUCAAUCGUAGCUCUGUAUAGAUAAUUCCGUUCAAUUAUAUUCCACAAUUGUGUUUCUACAUGCAAGAUACUUGCAAUUUGGCACUAUAGGAUGUUAGAUUAUUUUUGUCAUGGCUUGCAGGCACAAUCUGUUAUUCUAGACACUUCAAGUUUUUAGACUUUUUUUUUUUUUUUUAAACGUCCAACAUGAUUUUAUUUCCCCGCGUGUUGACAUCACAUCAUCUUUGUGGCGCAUGAAGCAGUGAAAUGCAAUUUGUUACUUGAGCAAGUGGACAGAAGUCUCAGCCACAGUGCUAAAAUCAAGUCAAGUGCUCCCUCUAGCGGGGGGGGGAAAAGGACUCGUUCCAAAAGCGCUAAAAGGGUUCAGAGGUCACAGAUGCUCAUUAGGGUUACGCUUACUUUAACUUAAGUGUCAUACAGGCAGUUUGCCUUGUCUUUUAUCUAUUUUAACUUAAGAUGAAUGAAGGGGACUUUAUAUUAAAUGAAGGCUUUUAUUUUUUUAACAGUGUUAGGGCCACACUGAAAAGAAAGCAAAAUACUAACAUGUCAGAAUUACAAGUUGAAAUAUUACCUUAUCAGUAACAUGUCAGAAUUACAAGUUGGAGUAUUACACCUUAUCAGAAAACUAAAUGUGUUAUUAGAAUAUUAGUUUAAACAGUACUGCUUCCCCCCCCCCCCCCCCCAUCUUUAUUGUUGUCAUAGAGCAGCUUUCCAUGCAAAAAUAACUCCACUCUCAAGUUUACCUAUAAUAUUUUUGUUAUAAAACCCUAACUUGAAAACGUGAUUUGAAUGUCAGUCCAAGAUCAGGUCAAGUACUAAUUUAUGUCAGUACUUCACAAUACUUUGUUUUUUGGGUGUAAAUCUUCAUUUUCCUCAGCAUUGUCAAAAAAUACAAGUAACACUACUGCUUUUUUCUUGUAUUCUUCUUUUUUUUAUUUUUUUCAAUGUGACCUUAAUACUCCUUCUAAACAAUGUCGUUUUUUAAUUUAUUUUGACAAAUACUGUUAGCCUCAAGGGUUUUAUUUGUUUGUAAACUUGAUAUGUUCCGUAAUUGUCCAAUAGCAUUUUUUGCAUACAUUAAGAAAAUAAAUGAUCAAUAAGAUGUGA